AUGUCAUCCAAUUCUGAAGUGUUUCUUGGGUUUGUUGAUGCACCCAUUGAUGUUGAAGAAGAAGAGCCAACUAUUGAAGAUACUUUCAUUGGAGGAAAGCCGAUUUGGUUGAACCCCAAUUCUCCCCCAGAUAAGAGCCUCAUUACAUGUGAUAAUUGCCAGAAGGAAAUGGCAUUGCUCUUGCAAGCCUUCUCGCCUAUUGAUGGUAAGUUGUAUGAUCGAGUAAUUUACAUCUUUGGAUGUAAGAACACCAAGGAAUGCUCCAAGAAGAAAGGAGCUAUCAAAUGCAUCCGUGCAAUUUCCAAGGAUCCAGAACGUGUGGCUGCCAUCAAAAAGGAGUUAGACGAGGCUAUCAAUGCCGAUUUGGAUGAAAAGCUUCAAUUAGAGAAUAAGAAGAAAUUGAAUGCUGAGUUAACUAAAGACUUGUUUUCAGCUGCUACUAGCUCCAAUAAUCCCUUUGAUACCAAUCCCUUUGGAACCAGCAUCGAUACCAAUCCUUUUGCUGGCAACACCAACACGACUUCCAACGCUACUAAAUCUGAACAGAAACUGCUCGAAACAUUUGCUUCGGUUGCAUCCAAGAAUGCUCCUAAAAAGAACAAGAAGGUUAAACAACCGGCAUCCAACUUAAAGUUACCAGAAUAUCCCGGUUUUUUCCUUUAUGUUGAAAAGGAGAAGUUUAAAAAGAUGCCAAUGGAACCAGAAUUGGAAAAGUAUAAAGAUCUUAUUGCAAAAAUGGACGACGAAUCCACCAACGAAGACGAAGAUAUAGGAUUAUCAUCAUCAUCCAGUGCACAAUUAAACCCCCAGGCCUCACAAAUGGCAAGCAUGUUAGACGAUAAAUACUUUGAAGCCUUCACCAAUACCGUUAAACAUAACCCUGCACAAGUGUUACGAUACGAAUUGAAUGGGAAGCCAUUACUCUAUAGCGGUCGAGAUGAGAUUGCAUCUAAGUUCUCAUCAAAGAACCAUCAAGACUUUAAUGUUGCACCUCCAGCUUAUAACCCUUCAACGCAUCGCCGAUUCGAAUUACAAUUGAUGCCUAAGGCUAUCAUGGAUCUAGAGAACUUACAAGACAACGAUGUCACCUUGACGGAUAUCUUGAAUGGGAUGUCGUGGGGGACUAUUAUUGUGUGCACAGAUGAAGAGGAUUACAUUCCCGACGAGAUGUUUGAUGAUAACCAUGUUGGAUAUAUUAGUGAAUGGGUUGGUGUUCAAUGGGAACAGCUGGUAUAA